CAUGUCAGAGGAGUGGAGGGAUUGUCACUUGGAGGCUGCCGUCGCUCCGCCCUCCGUCCCGCCCACCUCAUCACUGAUGCGGCCACCCAGCGGACACUUUGAAGUCCUGCCUGUUGAGAUCAGUGCGCCGCUGAAGUCCGGACUGAAGACACGCAGUGGGAAGUUUCCUCUCAUCGCUGGGAAUCUAUAAAGUGCACUCUGGUCUUUUAUGCCUUUACAGAAGUGUCCAUUUUGUCCGCUGCAGCUCUCACACGGUGGACUUUUGGUUUUUUUUUUUUUUUUUUUUGGUUUGGAAAUCUGAAAUUGGAGUAGGAGCCGUGUCGGAGAUGAAGAUGCUUCAAACGAACUGAGAGGCUUCUCCGUCCUUCGGGACAUUUAAGGACGUCCAGCUGUGUAUUGUUUUUUUAUUUUUAUUUUAUUGUUUGGGGACAUGACUGGUGUCUGCAUGGAUUACAUUUAAACCUGUCAACACAAUUUUUUGUUUUUGGGGACUAUAAGUAACGCACAUCUCCGAAGCGCAGCGCCCUCUCUCCAAUGAAAUAUCUCUCCUCCGGAUCAGCUGCGGAUCGAGUAAGUAAGCGGAUCGAGCUCAGUGAGACCAGCGACAGUAAAAAGUCUCGUCCCGGUGCUGUGGUCUCUUUGUUGACCCCCCUGGACCCACUUCGGCAGGCAAAGCGGCUUCCUAUCCGAGUUAUCAAGAUGUUGACUGCGCACACUGGACACUUGCUGCACCCGGAAUAUUUACAGCCUUUGACGCCCGCACCAGUGAGCAUAGAGCUGGAUGCCAAGAAGAGUCCGCUGGCCCUGCUGGCACAGACCUGCUCUCAGAUUGGUAAACCAGACCCUCCGUCCUCCUCCAAGCUGGGCUCCUCCUGCAGCCAGGGGGACAAGGAACCCAGCAGUCGGUCAUCCAUCUCCAGCCUGAAGCUCGGGGAGCGCCGCCCCUCCCUGGAGGAUAAAUGCAGCUUCAAGCCCUACAACAAAGGCAGUGGAGACUGUCGCAGAGACGGAGUUACCAGCAGCAGCUCCAACAGCAGCAGCGAUAAAGUCGGGUUCAGGGUGCCCAGCAAUAAUGCUACCACUAACGGAAAUUCAAGCAAUGGCCAGCAGUCCUAUCCGCCCCACGCUGCUUCGCCCAGCACUAGAGCCAACAGCAGCACCCCACCAGGACACACUCAGCAGCAGCAGCAGCAGCAGCAGCCGCCUCACAAACAGAGCCAGUCUCCUGGUGGACAGCCCACGUCACACUCCCAGACUCCGAAUGGAGAAACUGCACAUGAGCGGGGCAGUCCCACCAGCACGAGCAGCAAUAACAGUCAUCCCAAAAAAGACGCUGAUGUAAGCAAGACCAACUCGGACAGUCCACACGAGGCAAACUCCAGCCACAUUCGAGCCAGCACAAACUGCAGUAACGGCAGCUCUGACGGUGGUUCCAACCAUGAGGGAGGUAAAGCGGAAUCUGCCCAGCCUAACCUCGGCCCUGGACGCAUUACACCCAUUUCUCCUUAUAAGACAAGCCAACCACUCUUCCCCCUGCCCUCCUCUAAUAUGGGCUACCACGGAUCUGUAGUGGGGGCUUACGCAGGGUACCCGUCUCAGUUUGUUCCUGGGCUGGAUCCGACAAAGUCGAGCCUCAGCGUGGGAAGCAUGGGAGUUCCAGGAAAGCACCCGAGCUCCAGCCCUCUCACAGGUGCCUCCCCUCCUUCCUUCAUGCAGGGUUUAUGCAGGGACCCCUACUGUCUAAGCUAUCCAAGUGUAUCCCAUCUCGGCGGAAGCAACUGCAACUCCUGCAUCCACGACCCUUCCUCCACCCUCAAAUCAAACUUCCCAUUGGUGUAUCCCUCCCACCCACUCCACUCCCUCCAUCAAAGCUCUCUGUCAUCCAGCAUGUCCUCCUCCCUCUCACAUCCCCUCUACACGUACGGCUUCAUGCUCCCCAACGACCCCCUGCCUCACGCCUGUAACUGGGUCUCAGCCGGGGGACCGUGCGACAAACGUUUCGCCACGUCAGAUGAGCUCCUGGCUCACCUCCGCACACACACAGCCCUGCCUGUGGGAAUGGACAGUAAGCUGCUCUCUGUUUCCUCCUCCGGACCUGCCCCCUGCCACCUUCACCUCCCCCACCAGAGCAGUCCAGGCUCCAUGCCCAGCUCCCUCUCCCUCAGGGCUCCCCCCAGCCUGGGUUUAGCUCGCUAUCACCCCUACAGUAAGGUCCAUCUGCCCCCUGGACCCUCCUCCAUCUCCCUGCACUCUCUGCCCAACACAGGCCCGUACUACCCUCAUUACGCUCUCUACAGUCAAAGACUUGGAUCUGCAUCUGCUCUGGGCUACCAGUGAUACAGCAUCUACUUACAUGUUUAAAGGAAUGGUUUGACAUUUUGGGAAAUACGCUUAUUCGCUUUAUGGCAGAGAGUUAGAUGCGAAGACUAAUACCACACUCGUUUCUUUUUCUUAAAUAGGAAACUACAGUCAGCAGCUGGUUAGCUUAGCUUAGCACAAACAUUGGAAACAAGGGGGGAAAACUAGCCUGGCUCUGUAGAAAAGUAACAAAAUCCACCUCUAAAGCUCAAUAACGCGUUAUAUCUUGUUUGUUUAAUAUGUUUAAAAAAAGUGUGAAAAGGACAAUUCUCCGUUUUACGGGGGACCAGUUUCCAGGCAACAAGAUGGGACUCCAGGAAUUUAAAGCUCCCAACCAAGAAACAGCCCAGCACAUAACCCCUCGUAAAACAGUAAAUUGACGUUUUUACACUUCCAUUUUUGUAAGUAUUAAACAAACGAGAUAUAACGUAUUAAUUAGUGAGCUUCAGAGGUGCUGGUAGGCUGAUCUUAUACCUUUGGACAGACCCAGGCUAGCUAUUUCCCCUUGUUUUGUGCUAAGCUAAGCUAACCGUCUGCUGCCUGUAGCCUUAUAUUUAAUGGACAGAUACAAGAGUGGUAUUAUUCUUCUCAUCUAACGCUCUAUCAGAAAGCCAAUAAGCAUAUUUUCUAAUGUCAAACUAUUACUUUAAGCUUGUACCUCUGACUAGGAUGGGAGUGCAAGUUCUGGAUUUUGACUUGAGUGCAUCUUCACACUUUCUUUAUACAUUAUAUAUGAAAUUUGGUGUUUCUAAUCAGGCUCCACUCCUAAACAUCAGAGGACACAUGUGGCGCUUGCAUCUCCGCACAUUGCUGGGAUACUUUUGCAACAGAAAUGACUGCCCUUAGGUGACUUUUGCUGCCCCAUGGGCUUGGCAGAUUGAUGGUUGGACGCUGUGUAAUAGCACUUGGAUGUUCAGGGUUCUCACUGCAAAUGAUGAUGAUUUAGUGCAGAAAAAUGUAGUGUGGGAUGGCACUAAGCUGCAGCCGUGGACUGAUGUAAGUCUGGCCACAGUCGCUUUCUCCCUGCAAGAGAUGCAUGUAAGCUUGACACAGCAUACACAGUUAACUGUUUAUUCAGCCCCAUGGUUUGUGAUGAUUUGUUUUGGCUCCUUAUGUUUUGUUUAUUCCUACUGAAAAGUUGUAUUUAUUUUUUUCCGGGAAUCUGGCUUUCAUGUUUACCAUAUAAAUCUAUUCUCAUUUUACAAUCCUCUGUGCAGACUUGUUGGAAGCCAGAUGACAGAUGUUGAAUAUGUCGUGUCUUAACACUUCUUCAAGAAUGAAUGUUGAAAUCACAUCUCUGUCUGUCUCUCUCUCUCUCUCUGAACUCCUCAGCUUUUUGAUUUUUUUUUUUUUAAUUUUCACAGCAAAUCAAUAAAAAUGAGAUGUGAUAUUUUUUGUAAAAUUGGUGGUACCCUGUGGUGGUAUCCAGUCAAAGGGGAGGUCAUAUUUUGUUAAAUAAAUCACACUGAAGAUGUA